AUGACGGAUCGAGAUUGUCUACAAAUCGUGGAUGACAGCGAAGACGAGCAGGUCGAGGUUGAGCUGAUCGAUCUAACAAGCGAAGAAGAUCAUACCAGAGGUCCGGUAGAUCUUUAUCAGAGCGCAGGGAAUCGUCCGAACCUUGCCUCCAGCGCAACGCGAGCGCAAACACAACCAAAUCGCUCAGAUAAUGAAAUACGUUUGCACAGAUUGGCAGAUGGUACAAUCAUCCGACCUGGCGACACGGUCGAGAUGCACAUCCCUCCUCACCGAAACGCAGAUGCGGAAUCUUCGGGCGACUUUCUCAAGAUUGUGAAGAUAUGCAAAGAGCAUCAGACAGGCCAGAUCACACUUCAAGGCCAUCGAUUUAUGCGAGAGAAGUAUCUCAUCGGCAAGGACUCCGAUGGAGAGGGCCCACGUCUGAAUGAAGUCGUGCAGCACCUGGUCGUAAGAGAAGAUGACGAUAGGCCAGGGUUUGUCCAAGGGCUGGAGGAAGUCCCCAUAGCACAGGUGGAACGGAAGCGAGCAAUCGACAUAACAGAAAAGCCGUUCCCCAUGCUUAGCUUCCGCGACAAACCUGCCAGCACCUACGAGGGCCUGAUAGGUAUAUCCAGAACGGAGCAGCGGAGACAUAUCUUUCAAAGCGGUGCACUGGUCUGUCGGUGGAGCCGAACCUCCAUCAUAUCACCGAAUGGUGGUGUAUAUGGCGGCAUAUACCGACACGUGUCGAAGACAGGAACGACUGCGCCGCAACCUUCUCAGCAGUCUGGAGCCAACUCCAGUCCCACGCCGCAUGUCAACAUGUCUGCAUCCUCGAGAGGUCACGGACGAACAUUGUCAUUGGAAGAGCUAUCCACGCCACAUACGCCUCGAACUGCGCUUCCAGCAAAGAAGCAGCGAUACAAAUUCUUCGACAUGUUCUGCGGCAACGGAGGGGCCUCGAGAGGUGCUGAUCAAGCCGGUCUGACGGUCAUGGGUGGCUUAGAUCACAACGAAACGGCCAUGGAAGCCUGGGAAAAGAACAACCCGGGUGGUAUCCCGUUGUGCAUGGACUCUUUCGAAUUCCUGAAGGACCUCAACCACAAGAUCAUUGGGAGAUGUGAUAUUCUGAAUAUCAGCAAUCCCUGCCAGACUUUCAGUCCUGCCCAUACGUGGAAAGGAAAGAAUGAUGAGGUUAAUAUUAAACAACUGAAGAUCAUCAAGCCUCUGAUCGAAGCGUUGAAACCGCGGGUGGUGGUUCUCGAGAACACCACCGGGUUAGUCAACUUCAAGGAAAAUCGCAAAUACUUCAAUAAGGUUCUCAACAGUAUCAGCACUGCCGGAUCCGGAUACAACUUACGCUACAUGAUCGUGAACAUGGCCGACUAUGGUCUGCCUCAGGUACGGAAGAGAGUCGUGAUCAUUGCGGCUAGGAAGGGCACACCAUUGCCGCCAUUCCCAAAGCCGACCCAUGGUCCGUCGGGAAACGGCCUAAAGCCAUACGUCAGCAUCGGUGAUGCAUUGAAGAUCCUCGAUCGACUUCAUACACGUGCAGAGAGCGACCUCUAUCACACACUGCACAAGCAAGUUUCGUGCCAGGAACGACUGUAUGAUCCGUUCGCAAAGUUCAUCGAUUGCAUCGUGACGAAAGGUGUGACGACUCCUCAUUGGAGCGGCGAGAAAUUCACUCCACGAGAGUUGGCGCUGCUUCAGUCACUCCCUUACCACCACUAUCUAGCUGGCAGUUGGAACCAGGCGAUCAAGCAAGUAGGGAACAUGUUCCCGCCGUUGAUGGCAGAGUUGGUCUACAGAACGUGCGCGCAGACACUCGAAGCAUUCGAUAACGGCUUCAUCACAGCGGAUGAGGAUAUUGACGAUCUUAAUGUCACCUUGAUCGAAAAGGGUAUUGAUAUUCCCGAAAUAUCGCACACGCCAACUUCUCUAUUCGAUCUUACCGGUCCGGCCACUCAGUCGCCAUACCAGUACCUCUCUCAACCGGCAUUGAGCGACGCGAACCACGUCGAUUAUUCGUCUGCUUGGGCAAAACGGGCAUUCGAGGGAUAUGACUUGGAGGUGAAGAGGGAAAAGAAAAGAUCAUUCAGCAACAGUCCGAGCAAUGGAGAUGGUAGAGACGACACUCCUUCACCUGCUGAACCCAAGAGUAAGCGCGCGGCGACUAGCACAAGAGAGAGCAGCUUCUGGCAACACUACAAUGGAAAGACUAUCGAACUGUCUGAUAGCGAGGAGGAAGUCGUAUGA